AUGGCGCGAACACGAGGGGCUAAGUCUUCAUCUCAUUCGAACCGCAAAAGGAGUCUGCGAAAGGAGCCAAGUCCAGGUUCUGCUCCAGAGCCUACGCUGUCAAGGCCAAAUCCUCCUCCGGUGAAACCAGCGCCGCCAAAGCCGCCGGCAAAACGAUACCUUACUAGGUCAGGCGGUCGGCCAUUGCAGAAGAAAACCAGGGUGGAGAGCUUAGAACCCAUCGAUUUGACUGAGCAAUCUCCAGAGCCUUCUCCAAUUCCAUCACCGGUUCAAACUCCAGUGCCGUCUCCGGUUCCCUCGCCGAGCCCCCUGCCAGUACCAUCGCCGGUACCAUCUCCGGCGCCGCAAGAAAAAUCCCAGGAGCCUCAAGUGCCUCUUCCCGAGCCCCAAAUGCAAACUGAAACAGCUCUGGAAGAAGUAAUUAGGAGGCCAAUGCUACCUCAGCCCCCAAUCGAAGGAAACUUGGAUUGUAGAACACGGGCAUUUCAUUCCGAGCUUUGCUUCGACUUAGCAGCAUUCAGAAGUCUGCGAAAGGAGCCAAGUCCAGGUUCUGCUCUAGAGGCUUCGCCGUCAAGGCCAAUUCCACCUCCGGUGAAGCCCGUGCCACCAAAGCCGCCGACAAGACGAUACCUUACCAGGUCAGGUGGUCGGCCAUUGCAAAAGAAACCCAGGGUGGAGAGCUCAGAACCCAUCGAUUUGACUGAGCAAUAUCCAGAGCCUUCUCCAAUUCCAUCACCGGUUCAAACUCCAGUGCCAUCGCCGGUUCUCUCGCCAAGUCCCUUGCCAGUUCCAUCGCCGAAUUGGUUGCCGAGAAGGGCAAUGAGUGCAUCGCGUGUAGCUGGGGUGAUUCAUGCAUUAGAAGGAUGGAAUGUGCACGAGUGUGGUAACACAAUGUUCAACAUUGAGAAAAUAUGGGAAGCUAGUCUCCAUCAUGGAUUUCGUCCUUUAACGAUCCCCACAUGA